AUGGAGGAAGAGGGAGAUAAUAUCAACAACAAUGAAGACAGCGAUGUUGAAAUCAUACCAGAAACAAUGACCUCUGACAGCGAUGGUCCUACUGUACAGGAGGAUGACACAAACGUUAUUCAAAAUUCUCCUUUUAUCGGUCAAGAAUUCAAUCAUUUUGAGGAUGCAUAUGCGUUCUACAACAACUAUGCUAAGAGUUGGGGGUUUUCUGUCCGUCGCUCAAGGAAGGUUAAGAACGUCAAGGGAGAGGUAACAAGUGCAGCCUUCGUGUGUUCUUGUCAGGGAGUUCGAGAAGCACAUAAAGGUCCACAAAAGAGGGAGUCGCCUAUAUAUGGAGAUCAGAUUUCAGUGCAUGGCUAUGUUUUGUGUGAGCUUGAACAAGAUAAGCAAUAA